GGCCCCGCCCGCCCCGCGCCGUGACGCCACGCGCCGUGGGCGGGGCGGAAGUGAGCGUGCGGCGGCGGCGGAAGUGGCGGCGCGCGUUGGAGGCUCAAGAUGAAUUCCAGAGGCACUGCUUCUCUGUUGAAGGAUAGUAUCCCACUUACUGAGUUUUCAGCUUCAGGGCCUUUUGAAGGUCCCGAUCUUCUGCGCAGAGGUUUUACAAGUGUGAAAAGUGAAUUGUUGCCCAGUCACCCAUUGGAGUUGACAGAAAAGAAUUUCCAGUUAAAUCAAGAUAAAACAAACUUUGCCACGCUGAGAAAUAUUCAAGGAAUCCAUGCACCUUUAAAGCUGCAGAUGGAAUUCAGAGCAGUGAAACAGGUCCAGCGUCUCCCAUUUCUUCACAGUUCAAACAUGGCAUUGGAUACUCUGAGGGGAAAUGAUGAAUGCAUUGGUUUUGAGGAUAUCCUUAAUGAUCCUUCACAGAGUGAGGUUAUGGGAGAACCACACAUGAUGAUGGAGUACAAGCUUGGUUUAUUGUAACAAAAUAUACUCCACAAAAAUGUUUUGUGUGUGUCUUUCUACUGCAGAUCUAAAUACAUGAUACUAAAUUGACACUAACAGUGUUAAACAGUCGUACAGUUAUCAUUUGCCUUCCUUGAUGAAAAGGCACAUUAAAUGUUCAAAGUCUAUAAAUUGUUCUGUGCUUGUCAAUCAAGUAAAUGUCCUGUAACUAGGUAGUUUAAAUGUCUUUUCAUACACUGCUCAGGACAAUAGCUUCUUAAAUAUGGAAAUGCUAUAUAUGUACACAAGAAAUCCAAAAAUACCCAUGCAUUUGAAAACUGACUGCUGUAGGUUAAUGCAUUUAAUGGCUGUUCUCGUGGAAGAACUUAAGAGGGAAAGGAAGGUAUUUUCCAUUGAGUAACAUUUUGUUCAUGAAAAUGUCCAUACACUUUUUAAACUAUUGAAUAAAAGUUUGCUAUAAAUGCU